AUGAACCUCGAUCGGGAAGCAAAUAAUGGAAAGCGUAAGCGUGGGGAGAGGAGACGGGCCUCCCUGGCUUGCGAGACAUGCAGAAAGCAGAAGGAGAAGUGUGAGGGGGGUCCACCCUGUUGGAGAUGCCAACGACUAGGCCGAUCAUGCCAGUUUCAAGGCCAGCCGACUCCCAGAACGACAUCCCCAUGCUCCUCCGCCCCUGUCGCGUCCGUUCCGAAAGAUGAUAAUCGACGAAUAGAAAGCCUGGAGUAUAUUGCUCGCCAUUUUCUUGGCGAUGUGCCUUUGGACGAGGAGAAUGCCUGCCGUAUUGCGGACAAAUUACGAAGUUCAACGAACACCACCUUGCCAGAAAUUGCCCUGGAUAUCAAUGAGUCGUUCGACGUUCAAUUCGUGUCAAACAAUGUGGCACAUUACGCGGGGGAAUUUUCUCACUGGACGUUCUCCCAGAAAUUACGUCGCAGAAUGAGCUGCGAAAUAGGUCAGUUUGAUUCCAGGGUUUGUAUCUCUCCCCGUAAAAUCUCAAGCGUGUCUGACGAUUUACAGCAGGUCAGAGAAUACUGGCGGCCAACCCAGCUUCAAUCCUCGCCCGAUAUUAUACUGGAGACAAUGACACACUUACCACCGAGACCUAUUGCCGACUUCCUCAUUACCAUGUUCUUCAAGUACGUUGAGAUCAACUCCUUUUACAUGGAGCGCAAAUGGAUCGAGGAGAAGGUAGCCCUCUGUUACAGCUCAACUACCACAUAUACGGCCAUUGAUUUUCCAUGGGUAUGCUCUGUUUUUGCGGCUUUGGCCAUUGGAACUCAAGUAGCCCAUAUGGAGGACGAAAAACCGAAGCAUGAUGUAGAUGUCACCGAAGAACUCAACUUAUGCUCUGAGGACUCUGUCGGGCUAACCUUCUACCAUGCAGCAUGCAAGCUUAUUCCAGAUGUUCUUUUGGUUGCUUCUCAGGAAAGUGUGCAGGUCUUUUUGCUUCUCGCCACAUAUUCACUCCCUGUUUCCACGGGUGGCCUUGCAUACACAUAUUACGGCCUUGCAAUGAAGAUGGCGAUUCAAAAUGGGAUGCAUCGCAAAUAUCAAGGCGGCAACUGUAACCCUAGAACUAUCGAAGUCAGAAAUCGCCUAUUUUGGACAGUUUACACCGUUGAAAAAUAUAUUAGCGUCUUGCAUGGGCGCCCUAUGUCAAUCGCGCGAUCGGAAAUAAAUGCCGAUAUGCCAAAGGAUUGUUCUACCUUUGAGUCACCACGAUUUGCCAAUCUAGUUGCGUUUCAUAAAUUGAUUUCAUACUUGGGAGAGAUCUCUGAAACACUUGCACAAUUUAAAAGAUGUCCGAAAAGGCUUCUCUCUGAUUAUUUAGAGCGGCUCUUGCAGCUGAGGGCGAGCAUCAAGCAGUGGUGGGACUCACUCCCAGCGACUGAAGAAUGUCGAGACUUAUGCUCGCAAGGCCCAAAUUUCCGACCAAACUCGCAUCUCAGAUUGUGCUAUUUGCUCAUAUAUGUCUACAUGGGCCGUGCAUUCAUAUUUGUUGGUGACAGAAAAGAAUCUAGCGAGGCUAUAAUUGGUGCAGACCAUGAUUCAGGGCGGGCACGUCGGUCAGUCUUGGUGGACGACUGCGUAUCAAGUGCUUUGGACAUUCUCAACACUCUACAAUCCUUAUCCGACCAUGUGGGUCUUUGCCGCGCUUCUUACAAUGAAUUUGGUGCUUGUCGUGCUGCUAUUCUGGUCAUCCUGGCAGAAAGCCUUAGCUCAGGGAAGUCCCAAAGACUCCAAGAUGGCUUGCACCGGGGAAUGGGUCUCAUACGUCAGAUGGUUGGGGGAAGCUCUUCCAAAUCCGAGAUAUCAUAUCUUGAGUCUAUCGAAGCGGCUGUCAGCCAGCUUCUAGCCGUCACUGAAGAAGACUCCCUUUCCCACCCACGAAGCCCACAAAGCGAUCAAAGUUCUAUCUCUGCCUAUUCAAAAUUCAAAGACUGGACGCAGUCGCUAAAGAAGGACAAAUCAGCAUGUGGAAAUGUGGAGCUGUCUUCUUUUAGUCCGUUGUCACAUCUUAUUCCAGGCACAGAAUCUUUCGCAAAUCCAGAGCUGAACGAUAUGACGGCUUUCUUUGACCCUGACUGGUCAAAUGGUGAUUUUGAGUUUGAUACGGUAUAA